AUAUGUACAUACCUCUGUUCCUAAACAUAACUAGUGUAUGAUGAACGAUAUUGCCAAAACUUUAAAUAUAGAUGUUAUAAAACAUUUACCACAAAAAUGGUGUACACGAUCCGUUGAUAACCAUAACUACAUAUAUGCACUUUUUUGUAAAUGUUGUUUAUGCGCGUCAACAUAUAAAAGAAAAUAAGAGGCUAAGGAAAAUGACAGACUCGAUGAAAUUUGGUCCGGGAUGGUUGCGUAAUAUGUCAUCUGAGCCCGCAGGCUCUUCCAAUGUUUACAUUGUUAGUAGUGGAGGACAAAAUAGCUCACAUGUUGUGCAAAAUAUUAAUGCAUCAUCAGCGGCGUCGCGUAAUCUCUUCCCUGAAUAUCGAUAUGGUCGUGAGGAGAUGCUGUCAUUAUUUGAUCGGAAUUGUUUGUUGCCACAAAUACUUCCCUCUUUUAAAAAGCUUUUUAUUGAGAAGGUUCAAUAUCCACUUGCGCUGACACCAAGCUCUGACGAGGAUAAUCUAUCUUCUGCAGGGAACAACUCCCGCCCAGGAUGGCUGCAACGUUCUUCGGGCGGGUUUGGAACGGCCUCCCGUGGUAAUGGACGAGGAGGGACAGUGGAUCGGGGGCGGACGCGGGGAAAAUCCUAUCAUUCUAUAUAUCAGCGACCUGGGAUUCCAUAUGAUGAAUGUUUGACACCUUUACCUACAAAGGCUGAACGUAAUUGGUGUGAUCGUAACGGAACGGGUGAAUCAGUAAUGGGUAAUUCCGCUGGUGGAUUGGGGAGUUUGGAUUGGAGUAUUACACCAAGCUCAAGUCCGCGAAAAGAGUUUUCCAGCCAUCGUAGUACGGAGAAUUGGAGGCGAACACGUCAAGAGGACGGAUCUGGGGAUGGCCCUUCAACAAGCGGUAGCUUUAGCGGCUCGGAUAUUGCCGGGUGGCGAAGUAGUGCCGGAAGUACUGCUUUUAGUGGUUCUCAUCGAUGGGGACGAUCAACAAGUUGGCGCGAUGAAGACUCCAAUGUUGAAAGUUCCAACAACCUUCAACGGUCUAUUUCAACAGUUGGGCCUGUAGGAGUUGACCGUGGAAACGGUAAAGCAUCUGUGAAUGGACCCGGUGGAAUAGGCGGAGUUGGAGGCACAAUUACAUCUUAUCCACGAAUAUCCACCAAAAACACACCAUUGUGGACACCCAAAAAUACAAAUGCUGAUGUGGAUGAUACUCUUCCUGAAUGGGCAAUGGAAAAUCCUUCUGACUUGGGUGGAACUUUUGAUUCAAGUGGAGCUUUUCAUGGUGAUAAUGAUAAACCAAAGAGCCAAAACAGAAAAAAUGAAACAUCGACAAAGAAUUUAUGUCUUUAUGACGAGUCUUUGACCAAAAUUGUAGACAAAACCGACAGGGGCAAUAAAAACGAAAACAAAGCCGAAUGCUUGAAAAUCGAACCGGUUUUCAAAGUUAGUAAAUCUCCAGAUAAUAAAAAAAAAUCUAAGGAAACUCAAGGCGAUAUGUCUGAUAGAAUAAAAGAAGUUGCUAUUCAAGUAGAAAAACUAAUUAUGGAAGAUGAUCAGUGUCAAAUAACUGACAACCAAAUUAAAAAUCAGACAGAUUGCGGACGAUUAGUGGAAAACAUGCCAAGUCUCGCAGAAGUCGAGCUAAAUAUGAAAUCUAAUUCUGCAAACGAUAAUGAAAAUUGCCAACAACAACAAUCAUCUAUAUCAAAUACAAAUUCGGAGAUAUCAAAUCAGCCGCAUCAUCAUUCCCCUUUUUCUGAUCACUUGCCAAUACAGCAACAUCAUCUUCAUCACCAGCAGCAUAUGCCAAUAGUUCCAUCGCAUAUGAUUAAUUCAAAUCUGAACGAAUUGUGGUUUUAUCGGGAUCCUCAGGCAAACGUGCAAGGACCAUUUAGUGCAGUCGAAAUGACUGAGUGGUAUCGCGCAGGCUACUUUAAUGAAAACCUUUUUGUACGGCGAUUCACUGACAAUAGGUUUAGACCCCUUGGUGAUCUUAUUGACGUUUGCCAUGGAAAUAUGCCAUUUACACACAGCCACUUGUUACCGACACCAUUGGAAUUGGAAAGUUAUUCUGCUGGUCCGAUUUCAAAUGCACUUCGUGAAGCAAUUCCGCUUAAUGGUUGUAAACCUUCGCAUUCACCUAUCUCUUUAUCGAUAGUUGAACAACAAUUGGCCCAACGCAGAGACGACCAACUUAAGGAAAAUGUUACAGCUGCAGCGGAUUCGCUUAGUGCGGCUUUAAAAGGGAAUUCUAUUGGAAAUAAUAUGAACGUUUCGCAAAUGUUAACAUCGCGUUUCCAAAUAUUACAGGAUCAAUAUUUCCAGCACCAGGAAUAUCAAAUAUUGGCAGAACUUUCUAAGAAUGAGUUCUUUCAACAUUAUUCAGCUGCUGAACGUGAGUCGAUCGUCAGGCAGAAAGUUCAAAUGGUGGUUCUUCCAGAGUAUUUGAGAAGCCUAAACGGACUAAAUAGCUCGCUUUCUAUAUUAAACCCAAUUGCAGCGACACAAUUAAAUCAAGCUGUUGCUGAAAAGGCAAAGAAAGAUCAGGAAAACUUGUUCGUAAAUUCGUCUAAUCAACCUCCUUCAAUGGUUAAUCUAUUAGAUUCAAAUAGUUUUAUAAUGAAUGCACAAUUGAUGCAACACGCGUCACAACAGCUAGGAGUUGCUUCCACUUCUGGCGAUCAUGUAAUUAAAAGUACAUCUCUUUCCGACAUAUCUAAACUGGAUGAGAUAUCAAAAAAUGAAUUGGAUUUAUUAAACGAAUAUAAUUUAAGAAUGCUUUUGCGUGGGCAACCGCAACAUCAUGAAAUGUUAAGUAACGAAAGUCACAACGAUAAUGGCGAUAUGGAAAAGCCUCAAAUAUUAAGGGCUCAAAACCUAAUGGUUCCUAUGUGGCAGUCGCCUAGCAAGCAACAUGAUAACAAUCAACACUGGUCAGAAAUUUCAAAUGAAAAACCACUUUUUUGGGAGGAUAGUUUAGAACAAGAAAGAAGUCAUCAGUUACAGACAUUAACACAAAAACAGACUAUUUCUUAUCCAGAAACAUUAAAUUCCGAAGUGGAGGCCAAAUCUCAAACCCGCCUUGAUAAUGUUUUAAAGCUUAGCUCUUUGCGGGAAAUGGGUCCAUCCACUGAAAAGUUAAGAGAACCUCCCUCCCAAAAUCUUGAUUUGUUAACAAACACGAAUGAAAAUCAAAUUAAAGAAUCACAUCCCGAACAACAGUUCAAAAAUCAGGUUAACAACAAACAUCCGUUGCCUGAAAGACAGCAACAGACACAACAGGCUGAAGUUAAACUAAAUAAUGAAGAACGCAGACGGGAAAUAAUUGAAGAAAAACGUCGUUUGAAGGAAGAGCGAAAACGUUUACAAUUGGAAGAAGAUAAACGCCGGUCUAUAAUAGAGGAAGAAAAAAAAGCCAGACAAAUUCACGAAGAAAAAGAAAGACAGCAGCAAAUACAAGCUCAACGUCGAAAAGCUUUGCUAGGUAAUGUCCAAGCUACAAUUAGAAGUGGUGGGACGGAAAUCAACAAAAAUAUGAAUUCCAAGACAGGAGAAGAACUAACACCAUCGCGGGCCCCUGUAAUAUCUGUGGCACCCUGGUCACUUAGCUCAUCAAAUUCGAACAGCACGGCGCCUGGACUGGCGGAAAUUCAAAAGGCAGAACGCAGAGAACGUCGUGCCGAUCAACAGCGCCAUCAAGAGCAACUAGAAAAACAAAUGCGUGCCAAUGCAGCAGCCGCUGCUGAAGCCAAUGAUGCAAUGCUUAAAUGGCAGGCGGCGCCCACAUCUGCGCCUGUAAUGAGCUUAGCCAAAAUUCAAGCGGAAGAAGCUAAACGAUUAGCCAACGAUAUGGAGCAACAGCGUCGCCGGGAAAACGACCAACCUCAUCAUUCACCGGUUCCAUCCACUGUUGGGGCCUCCGGCUUGUCCAACAUCUGGGGAAGCUCAAAUAGGGCAUGGAGUGCAAACUGCACUACUCCAAUGCCUUUAGCAACCUCUGGGCUAUGGGACGAACAUAAAGCCUCUUUAACCAAUGAAACUUCUUUUCAUGGAUCACGUACAAGCAGUAGUUGUACCGUCUCAAUGACAUCUGCAAUUAGUUCGAGCACUAAAAACAAUGUACAAAGUCAAAGUAAAACUAUAAAUGCCGCUUCAUCGCUUCGCAACUUGCGUAAAAGCCAAACAUUGCCAGUAAUUAAUAAUACUGAAAAAAUGUGUAGAGCUCUUCCCGGUUCUGAGAAAAAUAAGUCAAGCCAGAUGCGAGUUAAUCAAAAAGUGGCAGCCGGCGGUUUUGAUGACAAGGAUAAGGAUAAAAAAUCAAAUUCAAAAAAUUGUUUAGGGCCCCAAAGUAGUACAGACCACUCAUCUACUAAGGUUAAUGAAUAUGAAAAUCAGUUUACCAAUUGGUGUAUAAAAAGUUUAGAUAAUAUGUCGUCUAAAGUAGAUGUGCCAACUUUUGUCACAUUCUUGCAAGAUUUAGAAGCACCAUAUGAAGUUAAGGAUUACAUCCGCAUGUAUCUUGGUGAAGGCAAAGAAUCCUCAGAAUUCGCAAGGCUGUUCUUAGAGCGUCGCAGUAAAUACAAAAGUUUACAACGUGCUCAAAAUGCACACAAUGAUGAUAUGUGCAAACCCGCACCCGCCAUAACACCGUCGUUGAAUGACAGCAUCGACAAUAAGAAUAAGCAGAAAAAGAUAAAGAAAAAUAAGAUGACUAAAAUGGAUGCGAGAAUUCUGGGAUUUUCGGUGACUGCCGCGGAGGGCCGCAUUAAUGUUGGCUCUCGUGAUUACGUCGACGGACCAUAACAUUUUUUUAAGGUUUGAACUCCUUUUGCAAUUGAAGUGUAUAAAAUUGUAUUGCACAAUAGGUCGUAAAUGGUUGCGGAUUAUCAAUAAAAGUACAUACAUAUUGUACGUAUAUACAUACACAUAAUAAAGUUGGGGAUCCCUUAAGGGGAACCCUUUUUUACACA